ACAUACAAGCUGCAUCCCACACAUGAUCACGACGGUCCAUCUGGUGAUCUUAAAAAUGCGCACUGCGAAUGAGUCAAAUCCUAACCAUCAGUUGACAUAUUGAAUGUCAAUCGUUGGCUGAAAAUGCUUAUGAAUCAUAUAACCCAUGACCAGUCUAUCGGCAUUGAGGUAAAUGAUCAGGCUGAUGCAGUGAGUAGGAAAAGUUUGUGGCUAGGAUUGUCAGAUGAGGGAAGGGGAGAUGCAGAGAGAGGAAGGGGUGUACAUUGAAUUGGAUACCGAUGAAAGCAUGGAAGCAAUAGGAAGAGAAAUGAGAAACUAACCAGGGUUAGAGGGAAGGAUAGGUGGUGAUGGCGUCUGCUGACGUUGGAUACCACUGCUUUGUUGGAGGGCUCGCAUGGGCUACCGAUGACCGCUCUCUCGAAAGGGCUUUUAGCUCAUUCGGAGAAGUUAUCGAAUCCAAGAUUAUUAGCAACCGUGAGAUGGGGAGAUUGAGGGGCUUUGGAUUCGUCACCUUCAGCAACAAACAGUCCAUGAGGGAUGCCAUUGAAGGGAUGAAUGGACAGAACCUUGACGGGAGGAGCAUCACUAUCAACGAGGUCCAGCCUAGGGGAAGCGGUGGCGGUGGUGGCGGAGGAUUCCGUAACAGUGGUCGUCAUAGCAAUGAUGGCUAUGGAGGGGGAGGGGGAGGUGGUUAUAAUCGCAGUGGUAGUGGAGGUGGUGGAUGGGAUCGUGGAUAUGGUGGGUCAGAUGGAGGAUCUCGUUACCGUGGUAGUGGUGGGGGUGCUUCAGAUGGCAACUGGAGAAACUAAUCAUUACUAGAGUGGCAUCUUUGCUCAGAUGGCAAAUGGAGUAACUAAGUAGUAGCACUACUAGUACUAGUUAUGGCUGGUUAUCUUUAUCUUGUGUUAAAUGGUGUGUGGAGAGGAAUGACUGGGUUAUCUUCUUCUCUGGUUACGUUUUUGAUCUUGUCCUGUUAUGGUUUUUAAUCUCUGGUUAUGGUUUUUGAUCUCUCAAGAACUACAAUUA